AUGCCGUCAUCGAUUGGUCAACCACAGCAACCUAAGCAGCCAUCAAGGAAGGGCAAAAAGGCGUGGCGCAAAAAUGUUGACAUUACCGAAGUUCAGCAAGGCCUGGAGUCGUUGCGAGAAGAAAUCAGACAAGGCGGACCAGUAUCGGAGAAACGCUCUGAUGAGCUGUUCGUGGUAGACACCGCGGGCUCCGAAGACAUCAAGAAAAAACACCAGCUACACAAGCCGUUGAAGGUCGACGAAAUCCUGGCCCAGCGCUCUGCGGUCCCUCCCGUGGACGGGCGCAAGCGGCCUGCACGCGUCACUGAUGGCAUCCUCGAGCCUGCUGCCAAACGCCAGAGGAAGGACUGGGUGAGCAAGAAAGAAGUGCAGCUGCUCAAGAAAGACCUCGCGUCACAGUCACAUCUUCAGGCAGAGCGCCUGGAAGAAGAUGCAGCGUUUGACCUGUGGUCUGCUGCCCCUGAAGAGCCAAGCAAGGCAGUGGAGGACGACUAUAUUCCCAAGGUACGAGCCAAGGUUGCUCCAGAUACUAUACGCCGUGCCCCACAGCCUAUGACAACGAGCGGUAGGCCUGUCCGUGCUGUACAGAACCCGGAUGCUGGAACAAGCUACAAUCCGACAUUCGAAGCUUGGGAUGAUCUGCUCAACCGGGAGGGCGACAGGGAAGUCGAGGCCGAGAAGAAAAGACUAGAGCAGACCAAAAUCGAAGCAGAGCGAGAAGCCCGGGUCGCGGCCAGCGCCUUGGAGGCUGAGAGGGAAGCUGAGGCGGACUACGAGAGUGUAUGGGAAGGAUUUGAGACCGAAAACGACGAAGCGACACUCAAAAAGAAGCGACCGGAGCGCAAGACUCAAUCACAACGCAAUAAGAUCAAGCGUCGGAAGGAGAAUGAGCGCCUGGCCAAGCACGAGGCGGCGAUGGGAAGGAAGCAGAAGCAAACCGAAGAGGCAAUCAUGGCUAUGAUUAAAGCUGAGCAAAACAAAGAGCUGGCCAAGCCAGGCUCUGGGAGCGAUGAGGCGGAACCCGAUGUCGACGACACUCAGCUGAGGCGGCGCAAAUUGGGCAAUCGAGCGAUACCAGAGAAGCACCUGGAAGUCGUGCUGCCGGAUGAGCUACAAGAAUCGCUCCGGCGGUUGAAGCCCGAAGGCAACUUGAUGACUGACCGCUUCCGCAACCUGCUUGUCAACGGCAAGCUGGAGAGCAGGAAACCUAUCUUACAGCCCAAGAAGAGGAAGGUCAAGGUUACCGAGAAGUGGAGUUAUAAGGACUUUCAGAUCAAGGUGUAG